GACAGGGUUCGGGUACUGUGUGUAUAACAGAAUGUAAUGUGCAGACAUGCUGAGUGCAGAGUCGCUGCAGGUGGUGGUGGAGGAGGUGGUCGUGGAGGCGUCUGAGGACUCCAGCUCCAGCCGUCUGGAGGACAUCUACACUCUGCUGGCAGAUGGUCGGUACCCACAGUCCAUGAGCCCCAUCCGCAAGAAGAACCUGAGGAGAUACGCCCAGAAGUUCGUCAUGGACGACGGUAGGUUGUACUACGUGGGCAUGAAGAAGGAGGAGAAGCGCGAGGUGGUGAUAGACGCCGAGCGGAGGCACCAGAUCCUCCUGGAUUGUCACUUCAACGAGCUUGGUCAUCACCUGGGCCAGAAGAAGACCGUGCACCGCAUCCAGAGCAAGUACUACUGGCUGGGCAUCGUUAAAGAUGUAGUGGACUGGAUUAAACUGUGCGAACCGUGUCAGCUGGCAGAACGGAACAAAAACAUGGCGAGGACGCCACGACCCUCGAAGGUCAGCGGGCCCUGGGAUAUCGCCAACGUGGAGGUUAUGGGUCCGUUCCCCUGCACUCUGAGAGGAAACGCAUACGUUGUCGUCGUCACGGAUUAUUACAGUAAGUGGGUGGAGGCGUUUCCUGUCCAGAAGAAAGACGCCCUCUGCGUGGCCAGAUGUAUUUCGUCGACCGUUUACCGGUACGGCUCGAUAAAAACUCUGCUCUGCUGUCAGAGUUCUGACUUCUGUGAGGAGGUCAGUACGGUGCUGUGCGAGCGCUGGAGCUUAGCGCCGAAGGUCCAGCACACCUUCCUGGCGGACCGUGCGGGCGCUCUUCUGAGGGACACGGUGAAGCAGGUGGUAGCAGAGAGACGGGCGGAGUGGGACGACUUCAUCGAGCCGGUGUUAUCGUUGUUCAGGACCUCGGUGAACCCCGCGACCAGAUUCACACCCCACUGCCUGAUGUUCAACCGCAAACCCAGCGGCCCCGGCGAGAUAAAGCUGGAUUUACUGCGGUAUAAUCAGGAUUCCCUGAGCGAAGAGGCCGAGAUGAACUUCCUCUCAUCUGUUCAGGACCAGCAGAACCAGCUCAGACAGACGGUCUUCUCCAACAUGAACGCUUCGUACAAGCAGGAGAAGAAGAGGGUGAAACGGCGGAGCAGGGGCGUGUCCACCAUCACCCUCACCCUGACCGAGCCCUCGUCUACGCCCGAGGCCUCGCCCGCGCCCAAGAGGCUCAGAAACGAACUCUUCCUGACCUUCCCGGUGGAGACAGUGAUCGGUGCGGUACAAGCGGAGGCUGGAGGUCAGAAGUCCAGGUCGGGGUCAGACGGACACGUGGAUUCAGAGACUCAAUCUUGAACUGAUGUGGGUUUGCGAAGAGGUUUUGAAGUUGCCACGCCCACAUGCGCCGAGCGUUUUCAUUUACUGUGGUAACAGAGGCCACCAGGAGGGGCGUGAUUACUUUUUCACAGCUCUGUCCCUCCUGAUCGCCCCGUUACUGCCGAUUUGUCCAAAUAAAUGAUUUUGGAUCAUUAAUCACUUGAAUAACUGCUCUCGUUGUGGUUCAGUGGAGUCCUAGAUCCUUAGUCAUGGCAUGCACAGGAAUGCAACACAGUACCCGGGGGUAAGGAUCGAACCCGGAGUCGCCGGAGCUGUGUGGCACCGACACCACUUACUGUUCUAAACGGGUUUACAGACUUUAUAAAUAAUAUAAAUGUAUAUUUUUAUUUACCCAGAGAAUCAAGAUCAUUUGAUAUAAUUGUGACAGUACAGUAUUGGUACAGUAAUUACCCAUCAUGCACUCUGCUUGAUUGUUUUUCCUUUUGAACCAUUAAAAAUUUUGGUUUUUAAUAAUAAAUGCUGAUAUUUGAGCAUUAAGCUGCAGCUCUUGUGUGUUUUAUAUAUUAUUUAAAUAAGUUUAAAUGAUAGAAAUGCAAUAAUGGUCAGGGUCGUGGUGGGUCCGGUUCCCCUGGUAACACAGGGUGCAGGGCAGAAACACACCUCGGACAGGGCGCCAAUCCUCCCUCCUUAGACAUAACCAAUCAUGACUGUGUUGAUGCCCGACUGGCUGAUAGCGCAGCUGAGAUUUGAUCCCAUGGUGGGGGGUUUAUUAAUUAUAUUACUGAUAGUAAUCUGGGACAUAAAUGAAUCUAAUAACACUAAUAAAAU